AUGACUAUUGCUGCAUAUGCGUAUGAAACAAAUGAAGCAAGAAGAGCACAUGAACUAGUAAACGAAAACUCAACUUUAACCAUUGAAGGCAAUGAUUUAGUCAUUGACGAUGGAAAAACUAAAAAAGUCAUUGAUUUCGAUACUUUUAACACUUAUGACCCAUUCAUUACAAUAAGUAAAGUUCCUAUCAUAAAUGAUGGAACGGUGCAAUAUAUAAAUUCUACAGUAGAUGCCUCAUUAGUGAAAGUACUGAAUGUUCUCAUUGAAUUGUUAAAGAGCUUUCGAUUUGACGACAACAUUAAAUGCCUAAAGAAUUUAGUCAUGAAUGAGAAACAAAUAUUAGGAGUUGCUGGUAGCAGUAAUGAUGUACACCUUAUGACAUUAGAAUAUUAUAACGAACAUAAAGAUGAACUGAAAGGAGAGAAGGGUGACACCGGACCACAAGGAAUACAAGGACCUCAAGGAAUACAAGGACCUCAAGGAAUACAAGGACCUCAAGGCGAAAACGGUUUGGAUGGAAAGGAUGGAAAGGAUGGAAAAACUGCUAAAUCAUGGAUAUGGGACCUUAUAAAUACUGGUUUAACAGCUGCUUCAUAUGGAGUUCUUCAAUACCAAAUCGGAAAGAUAUGGGCAGUACUUGGUGAAGAAGCUUUAGAUGACGUUAAAAAUGCUUUGAACUUCAUUUCAAAUGGUUCGGAUACUAUUAAAACUUUAUCUGGUUGGAUGCAAGAAACAAGGAGUCAAAUAGAUACUGUAAGACGUAUAGCAAACAAUGCACGUACGGGAUUGGAUACUUUACGAAAAGCACAAAAUACACUAAAGGAAGCAAAUGAUAUUCUUGGCUCAGUAUCAGACAUGCAUGAAGAUUGGCUUAAAGGUAUUGACAAAUCUUUAAAAAAUCACAGUCAGUCUAUUGCUGACUACAAGAAAAGUAUAGAUUUUUUACAUAGUGCUAUGGACGUACAUGAUGGAAGCAUAAGGAACUUACUUAAUGCUAACAAUAACUUACCAGGAACUAUUAAAGCAUU